UGUGUGUGAUAUGACUGCUUUUGAUUGUCCAUCCCUGUGAGCAGUGCCCAUCGAUAGCAGCAAUAUGACAAGCUACACUGACAAAGGAGAAAAGCCAGAGCGAGGCAAAUUUGUAAAGUUUCACCAUCUGACAUUCUGGGUGGGCAAUGCUAAACAGGCAGCAGCCUUCUACUGUGACAAGAUGGGCUUCGAGCCUCUUGCCUACAAAGGCUUGGAGACGGGUAGUAGAGACGUAGUGUCCCACGUCAUAAAGCAGGAUAAGAUUUUAUUUGUCUUUCAGUCUCCACUAAACCCUGGGAAUGAAGUAAUGGGUCGUCACAUCAUAAAGCAUGGAGAUGCAGUUAAGGACAUCACAUUCCAAGUAGAAGACUGUGACUUCUUAGUCCAGAAAGCCAAAGAGAGGGGAGCAGUAAUUGUGAAAGAGCCGUGGGUGGAACAGGACAACUACGGCAAAGUUAAAUAUGCUGUUGUUCAAACUUAUGGAGAUACGACCCACACAUUGGUUGAGUACCUGGGUCCCUACAAAGGUCUAUUUUUGCCAGGAUACAAAGAACCUCUCUUUAAAGACCCCUUCCUCCCAAAGCUGCCUUCAGGCUGUCUGAACUUCAUCGACCACAUUGUGGGAAACCAGCCAGAUGAUGAAAUGGUGCCCAUAUCAGACUGGUACCAAAAAUGUCUGUUGUUCCACCGCUUCUGGUCCAUCGAUGAUAAGCAAAUCCACACGCAGUACAGCUCUCUUAGAUCCAUCGUGGUCACCAACUACGAGGAGACCAUCAAGAUGCCCAUCAAUGAACCAGCACCUGGGAAAAAGAAAUCACAGAUUCAGGAAUAUGUGGAUUACAAUGGAGGACCUGGAGUGCAGCAUAUUGCCCUGAACACCUCAAACAUCAUCCAAGCUAUUAUGAACCUGAAAGCCCGAGGCAUGGAGUUUCUGUCCACUCCAGACACCUACUAUGACAGCCUGCGUGAGAAACUUAAGACGGCCAAGAUCAAAGUGAAGGAGGACCUGAAGACCCUGCAGGAACUCAAAGUCUUAGUAGAUUUUGAUGAUAAGGGCUACCUGCUCCAGAUCUUCACCAAACCUGUGCAGGACCGACCCACUCUCUUCCUAGAGGUCAUCCAGAGGCACAACCACUUUGGUUUUGGGGCUGGAAACUUCAAAUCUCUGUUUGAGGCCAUCGAGAAAGAUCAAGCUGCCAGAGGGAACCUCACCACUCUCACCUCAGAUGGCAAUGCCAAGAUUUUCAACUGACAAAUUUACACAAAAGAGUACAGAGUUUAUUAAUAAAAUAUGGCCUAUCAAAUCAUACAUCUAAUUUAGGUCAUAUAAUUGUAUAUUCCUACAUUUAAACAUCAACCUGGUUGUCCACUUGCAGCUGGAAAGCACAGGACAGACCAAUAUCAUGCCAAUAAAGCCAAUGUUAAACAUAAA